AUGUUCAGAACCGGAUCGGCAGCCGUGAAGAGGGGUAGCUCCUUCGCUGGAGCUGCUCUGCGCGCCCGCAACCAGACUCCUCGCCUUGCAACCCUCCGCCAGUUCAGCACUUCCUUCCAGAUGGCACAACAGACCAGAGCCGAGAGCGAUGCCUUUGGCGAGAUCCCCGUCGCUGCCGACAGAUACUGGGGUGCUCAGACUGAGCGCUCUCUGUCCAACUUCAAGAUCAACCAGCCCCAUGACCGCAUGCCCCCUCAGGUCGUUCGCGCCUUUGGUAUCCUCAAGGGCGCCGCUGCCACCGUCAACAUGAAGUUCGGCUUGGACGAAAAGCUCGGCAAGGCCAUCCAGCAGGCCGCCGCUGAGGUCGCAGCCGGCAAGCUCGACGACCACUUCCCUCUGGUCGUCUGGCAGACCGGUUCCGGUACCCAGUCCAACAUGAACGCCAACGAGGUCAUCUCCAACCGUGCUAUCGAGAUUCUGGGCGGUACCAUGGGCUCCAAGAAGCCUGUCCACCCCAACGACCACGUCAACAUGUCCGCUUCCUCCAACGACACCUUCCCUACUGCCAUGCACAUUGCCGCCGUUCUCGAGAUUGAGGAGGAGCUCCUUCCUGCCCUCCGCAGCCUCAAGGACGCCAUGCAAAAGAAGCAGCAGGCUUUCGAGAAGAUCAUCAAGAUUGGCCGUACCCACUUGCAGGAUGCUACCCCCUUGACUCUCGGCCAGGAGUUCUCUGGCUACGUUACCCAGCUCGAGUACGGUAUUCUGCGUGUUGAGUCCGCUCUCCCCCGUCUGCGCUACCUCGCCCAGGGUGGUACCGCCGUCGGUACUGGUCUUAACACCUUCAAGGGCUUCGCUGAGGACAUCGCUACUGAGGUCAGCAAGCUCACCGGCCACGAGUUCGUCACUGCUCCCAACAAGUUCGAGGCUCUUGCCGCUCACGACGCCAUUGUUGAGGCUCACGGCCAGCUCAACACCUUGGCCUCCUCCCUCUUCAAGAUCGCUCAGGACAUCCGUUUCCUCGGUUCCGGUCCUCGUUGCGGUCUCGGUGAGCUCAAGCUUCCCGAGAACGAGCCUGGUUCAUCCAUCAUGCCCGGCAAGGUCAACCCCACUCAGUGCGAGUCCUUGACCAUGCUCUGUUGCCAGGUCUUUGGUAACCAGGCCGCUGUCACCUUCGCUGGUUCGCAAGGUAACUUCGAGCUGAACGUCUUCAAGCCCGUCAUGAUCCGCAACCUCCUCCACAGCUCCCGUCUGUUGAGCGACGGUAUGCGCUCUUUCGAGAAGAACCUGGUUGAGGGUCUUGAGGCCGACGAGAAGAGAAUCGAUGCUCUCCUCCACGAGUCUCUCAUGCUUGUCACCUGCCUUAACCCCGUCAUUGGCUACGACAUGGCCUCCAAGGUCGCCAAGAACGCUCACAAGAAGGGUCUCACCCUCAAGGAGAGUGCUAUGGAGCUCAAGGCUCUGAGCGAGGAGGACUUCGACAAGACCGUCCGUCCCGAGCUCAUGCUUGCUCCCAAGGAGAAGAAAUAA